CAUUGUGUCUCGCAGCCAUUUUAAUUUCAUUGAAUUUUUACUGUUUUGGAUUUUUGACGACGAAGUUGUGUCAGUUUUUAUGUUUUAACGGCUGAUGUUUAACAAAACGUGAAAAUUAUUGAUCACAACGACUUCGAUACGAAUAAUUUAUUAUAAUAGUAUCUGCGCACUAGUUUGUAAAACCUGUAACAUUAUUUUGUUAUGAUUCGUUAAACAUCCUUGGAAUCUCUUAAAUUGAAAGUAGUAAUUGUUGAAAACAUGGAAUCUCCCAGACAGUCAGACUCUGAUACUGUCGAGUAUUGGAAGAAACUAGCUAAGUACUAUGAACAAAAAGUUAGCGAUAUACAACAAGAAUUAGAUGAAUACACUGAGAACUCAGCACAACUUGAAAAAGAGUUAGAAGCAUCAUUAGUACAAGUUGAGAAACAAAACAGAGAUCUGGAACAUCAGAAUCAACGGCUUAAAAAUGAAAUUGAAAUGUUAAGGAGCAAAUUGGAAAGAAGUCAGCAAGAAACUAAUGCAUUAGAAAAUGAACUGCAAGCCUUAAAAAUAGAUAAAGAUAAACAAGGAGUAUACAUCAGGGAGUUAGAGCAAAAAAAUGAUGAUUUAGAGAGAGGACAGAGAGUUAUAUCAGAAUCUGUGUCAUGCAUUGAAUCACUUCUAAAUCAAGCCUAUGAAAGAAAUGCAGUUCUAGAGAGUGAAGUAGAUGAAAUUGAGACCUUGAGGGUGAGGUUGCAGAGAGCAACGGAUGAAGCCAGAGAUCUGAAGCAUGAAUUGAAAGUAAUGGAAAAGGUUCCAAAACCAAAGAAGGGAGAUGAAAGUACAAUUGAAGGUUCUUUAGUGAAUGGUCAUAUUUCAAACCCAUCUCGAACUCAAGUUGAGAUAGAAACACAAACAUCUCUAAUGUCACCACAAAAACGCGAAAUUAAUGGCAACGGAAUGACACCAUCAUCUCGAGUAACAGCUAUAAAUAUAGUCGGCGAUUUACUGCGCAAAGUGGGGGCUUUGGAAUCAAAGUUAGCGUCGUGUCGCGGUACAGUUAGACCUAAAGAACAUUCACCAAAUUCAGCUUCGGAUGUCAAUAAGGACUACAGGUGUGUACUCAAGAACUAGAUACGUCCUUCAUAUCAUCAUCAGCUCUGUAUCGUGACGUGCCGCCGCAGCGUUUAGCUUUUAUCAUAGUGUGAUUCUAUAUCAAGCGGAUCUCUAAACAUCGCUUCAAGUUAAUCUUGCUGAUCAGAAUACAGCUCGAGUACUGUGAUCAUAAUCACAUUUUUCCUAAUUUUACUAAUAUCUGUGAUGAUAAUGAAAUAGUUAAGAAUCGAUAUAUUAUCUAUGUGAACGGUUUUGGCCUACCCACCGGAGAACUAGCACUGUGUGAAUGGAAUGCCGCACAUUUCAUGUAGUAAAUAGCUUCACGAAACAUUUGUUGUUUCUUAAAAUAAUAAAUAAAAAGCGUCCAAAAAGCUUCUUAUAAAAAAAAAAAGAUUUUUGCUACCGUAUUUGCGGUAAUAAAGAUCUGUUUGGAUUCUGUCCAAGCAAAACAUAUAAUGAUUGUUAUAUUCAAUUAUUACUAUAUCACUUGAGUGCACGUAUUCUUGGUGUAAAAGAUAGGAGCUGUUGGACUCACCUUUAUAAUAUUAUAAUAAAAAAUAAGAUACUUUAGUCUAUUGGU